AACACGGAGCGUGGAUUUUUCAUCUCACGACCGAUCUCGAGAUCGUUGUCAACCGGCGUAUCGAAGGGUCGCGCUUCCUCGACGUGCUGACGUGAUCAUCAACAGCAAAUCGCGAUGCAUCCUCGGCCGCACUCAUCGAUGCGUCUCUCUCUUCUCCCCCCUCUCUUUUUCUCUCUCAGUGCGUCUGAUCGCACCUCCUUUUUCGCCGGAAGAGCCGUUUCCUGCGUCAUAGGUAGAACAUGCGUGCGAGGAAAUGUAUAUGAGAAUCGAAUAAUCUUUUAUUACGGUGACGACGACGUCACACAUAUCACCGCAUCUCGUGUUCGAAUAAGAAGCGUGUCUGGCCGCGAGAAUCUCGUGACGCGUCGACGAGAAAAUGCAAUAUGAAGACGGCCAAUUAGAGCAGGAAUAUGCGCUUAUGUGCAUUAUUACGGCAGGCAAAACAUAGAAAAUGUGAGGAAGAAGAACGGUACUUGGGACUUGAAUAAGGAUUUUAACGUAGAGGAGGAAUGCGAAUCACCGACGAUUCUCCUAAAAAAUUCAAUGGUAACGUCAUCCAAGAUGCAAAAUGGAUCUGUGGGCAAUACUGUAAUAGCUAGGUCGAAGGACCUAAUUUUAGUGCCCGAACCAGAAGCACAAAAUCACAAGAAUCACAUUGACGAAUCGAAACUCGAAAACAAUUGUGAGAUGUCAACGAUCAACAAUGACGAGGAUAGCUUUAAUCAAAAAAAUUCCUUCGUGGUACUUAAAACUGGAUUUGAACCAGCGAGCUGCUUGGAUUAUAUCAGAGCUGGCGUGGAAGCUAUCAUAGAAGACGAAGUGACAUCGCGUUUCGAAGCGGAAGAACUUAAGAAUUGGAAUCUGCUAACGCGAACGAACAGAUACUAUGAGUUUAUUUCCUGGAAGUUAACUAUCAUAUGGAUGUUCGGAUUUGUCACGCGUUACUGCUUUCUUCUGCCUUUAAGAGUAUCCAUCUGUUUCUUUGGGGUACUGUAUCUUCUAAUCGUAACAUUUUUAAUCGGCUUCCUACCAAAUGGCCGCGUAAAACACUGGGUGAACAACCAGGCCACCCUUAUCGGAUUCAGGAUAUUGUCUCGUUCUAUAUCUAGUUCGAUCACAGUCUACAAUGCGGAAUAUAAACCAAAGAACGGAGGCAUAUGUGUGGCAAAUCACACAUCCACUGUCGACAUCUGCAUUUUAUCCACAGAGACGACAUUCUCUUUGGUGAUGUGGCUGACAGUGUGUACUGCAGUAGUGGGCUACGUUCCCGAGGGUAGCUUCAAGCGGUGGCUGAACUACAAAGUCUCCAUAGUGUGCUUUACUUUCUUAUCCAGUGCUCUGUCUUCAGUUAUCACCUAUCACAAUCCAGAGAAUCGACCUGUCGGGGGCAUAUGUGUAGCUAAUCACACAUCUCCUAUUGAUGUACUCGUACUCAUGUGUGACAAUUGUUAUUCUUUGAUAGGUCAGAGGCACGGUGGUUUCUUGGGAAUAUUACAAAGAGCUCUUGCUCGUGCCUCUCCGCAUAUUUGGUUUGAGCGUUCCGAGGUUAAAGAUAGAGAAGCAGUGGCGAAAAGAUUAAAGAAACACGUGUCAGAUCCGGCGAACCCACCGAUACUCAUAUUUCCGGAGGGUACAUGUAUCAACAAUACCUCGGUUAUGCAAUUCAAAAAAGGCAGUUUCGAAGUGGACAGCGUUAUUUAUCCUGUAGCGAUUAAGUACGAUCCGAGAUUUGGAGACGCCUUUUGGAAUAGUAACCGAUACUCGAUGCUACAAUAUUUAUACAUGAUGAUGUCAAGCUGGGCAAUAGUUUGUGAUGUGUGGUAUCUUCCUCCAAUGUAUAAGAACGAAGGAGAGAGUGCCAUCGAUUUUGCGAAUCGAGUGAAGUCUGUGAUAGCGCGACAGGGUGGCCUUGUCGAUCUGCAGUGGGAUGGUCAGCUGAAGAGGAUGAAGCCGAAGAAGGAAUGGAGAGAAAAGCAGCAAGAAGAGUUCAGUAAACGACUGAAAGUCGAAUAAAUAAAUUCAUCGAUUCUAGUCAUAACUUCACAAUGCACACAUUGAGUGAUAUUGUUUGUUUAAAUUAAACCAUUUCAUCCGUUUGGCCGUUUCUCACACAUUGUUUUCGUAUAUUACAAGAGAAAUCUGUGUCCCUCAGUCUGCAUCAUUUAGCAUUUUACAUAUAGAGAUUUCCUCGCAAAUAUAAAGACUUGCACUUCUUUGCGAUAUUUUUCUAAAUGCAAUAUUCAUCAGUGACGAAAUAUGUCUUUGUAAACCCAGUUAUUUUCCAUUGCUAACAGUAGUACUAUUAGGACUUAAAGUAUUUUUGACAGUUUGGUCCUUUAUAUGUGAGAUCACAAGUAUCUUACUGCUCUGGAUUGGAAUUUAUAUUAUAAAAAUUGUGCGUGAUAUUAUUAUUUAAAUUACAUCAUUUCAUUCGAUUGGCCGUUUUUCACAUAUUGUUUUUGCACACACUGUUACAAGAGAAGUAUAUGUCCCUUAGUUUAUAUCAUUAUAUUAUAAAAAUUGACAGGUAUAUAAUAGUUCUAAUGUAAUAUUGUGCCAUGUCCUACAUUUGCACGGUUCAUAAUGUAAUUUUUAAAUGUUUAACAGUAUAUAUAUUUUUUUUUUAUGUGUGUGUGUAUAUAUAUAUAUAUAUAUAUA